CCACCGCCGUGAUAUGGAAUAUGACGAGUGACUUCUAGCAGUCUCUAUGGCACACUUUGGCUACGACCAGGGUGUUUUUUCGGGUACUCUCAUAUCCGCUGAUUUUCUCAAGACUUUCCCUCAGAUCAAGAAUCCAGGUGUAUCGGGUAUUACGUCCAGCUGCUUCUCGCUCGGUGCAUUCUUCGGCUGUCUUGCUUCGUUUCUGCUAGCUGAUCGCUUUGGGCGGAAGAAGUCGAUCUACUUUGGGCUCGUGGUUAACGUGAUUGGAGCGGUGCUGCAGAUUGCAGCCUACCAUUUGCCUCAGUUGGUAGUUGGGCGUAUUGUGAACGGGUUCGCUAUGGGUAUCAUAUCUACGACUUGCCCUAUCUUCAUGGCGGAGACCUCGCCAUCUCAUAUCAGGGGCAAACUUGUCGUACUAGGCUCACUCAGCGUCACUGCAGGGUUCUGCUUAGCCAACUGGAUCAACUAUGCCUUAUUCAACGAUAACGGGCCUUUCCAGUGGCGAUUUCCUUUGGCUUUCCAGCUCGUCUUUACCAUCAUAGCACUAAUAUUCUUACCGCUUUCUGUAGAAUCUCCACGUUGGUGCCUGCUGCGAGGAAGGGUCCAGGAGGCACGAGUUGUCCUUGCUCGGCUGAGGGGGGCCGGAUGUGACCUUGACGACAUCUACGUGGACUAUGAUCUUAGGUCGAUCCAGAAGACACUUGAGGAUGAACAGUCAGCCUGCUUAUCCACUGUGGACACACUACUAUGCAGAGACCCUUCCCAGAGCCUGCGCCGUUUGUUGCUCAGCUGUGGGACGCAGCUUAUGCAGCAGUUUAGCGGUGUCAACCUGUUGGGCUAUUACCUUCCUACCAUCUUGAUAGAGUCAGUCGGCGUCUCAAACGCGUCUGCAAGGUUACUUUCCGCUGCCAAUUCCACUCUCUACCUAGCAGCUGCCUUUCUAUGCUUGGUUCUUAUUGAUCGAGUUGGGAGGCGAAGGCUUAUGAUGUACGGCUCCCUCACGACGGGAUCUUGCUACCUCGUUGCCGCAAUCACCCUGAAAGAGGCGACAUUGCACCCGGAGCAGAAGGCGGCGCUCGGCAAAGCCACUGUUGCCAUGUUCUUCCUUUAUUAUUUUUGCUACGGCACCAGCUUCGCGAAAGUCCCUUGGGUUUUCAAUUCGGAAAUCAACAGUCUAGGCUGGCGUAACAGGGGAGCUGCCGCCGGCGCCGCGACUAACUGGUUGAGUGCGUUUGUUAUUCUCCAGUUUACCAAGGCUGGCGUGGAUAACCUCGGGUGGGGAUUAUAUCUUCUUUUUGCGGGAUUCUGCUGGUCUUACUUCCCUAUCGUCUACCUCUUCUACCCGGAGACCUCGCACCGAACCCUCGAGGACAUGGACGAGAUAUUUAGACACCAUGGCGGUAGCCUGUUCGUCUUUAGGGAUAAGAUUCUCACUCAGCAAAGACGACCGCUGGAGUUCAUCGAGGCGGAGCAGAGACGUAUUCUGGAGCUCCCUGGUUCGCCCCUGGAAUCCCGAGAUGCUGAGGUGUGAAAGCCUGACAGUUGAAUAUCUGAUGUGAGUGAGUGUGUGGUAUGUGGUAUAAGGGAGACGAUGGUGGAGGUUGGAUCUUAUUCAGAUACCCAGGGGACGUAUUGUUUUCUUAUCUACCAACGAAGGGUUUGCGGUUUGGGUUAUCUUUUCGUACAGCUUGAUUCGACUUGGAAGGACUUGGAUACUUGGGACACACCGUACUUUUUUUUCAUUGAUUUCUUAUUUGUUGUCUUGGAGCACUUUCCUUUUUUUUUUCUUUUGCUUUUCUACCUAUGCACCUAUUACACAAUCACGCAGGUAUACUUGAUAUCACAGCUCCUUGAAGACCAUAACACCAAAAAAACACAUAGUAGUAUGUAUCAAUCUCAUUGUGCAGCGAGUUGGCGAAUUGGCGAAGUACGUGAGAAGACUGUCAACAACAAUUCAUUAUGCGAAUGCCUAUCCUGUACACUCGAACACGCAUUACUUACCUACUUAGGUACUAGGUAGCCAAGAAAGAUUACAGUCAUGUAGGAAUAAUUACGCUCGUCGAGGAAUGAGUCCACGAAUCCCCAUGAUCGAAAUUGGGAGAGCUAUUCCAAUUUGAAGAAGUAUUCUUAAUCUUGUAAAGCCUUGUCUCAACUUUUAUCAUUGGGAUGAAGUUUAGAAUGAUUCUCGCGAGUAGGGGGUUCCCGCCCUGCCUAGCUAGAUCUCAUACAUAUAUAAAAUCGAUAUC